CGACUUUCCUUACUGCGGAGUUAGUGCUUGCAUGGCCGUUGGUUUUAUCAUGCUUCUGUUUUCGGGACCACCUUUGUCAGUGUCGUCCAUUUUACAGGACUAAAUGACUGAAUGGAGACAUAUCCCGUGUUUGUGUCCCACGGGAGCACCUGUGGCUUUCCACCGGCGUCCUCGUUUCCCAUGAGGUGCACCAGGAUACUAACGCUGACAUUAGUCUUCUUGUUCCUGGACACAUAUGGUCAUGCUGUCCAGGUGAUUGGAGGAAACCGGACUGCAGUCCAAGGAGGGACAAUUGUCUUACAUUCCAACAUAAUUGACACCACAGAGACCCUCUUCAAAAUUUCAUGGAAGAGGGCUACCCAAGGAGAACUUCUGAAUAACAAUCUCUUUAUGAUUGUGCCCGUAAAUGGAGGAGUGGUGGACAAUGGGCACAAAGAUGGUCGAUUUAAAUUCAUUGGGAACUUAAAACAGAACAAUGGAUCUCUCCGGUUAUCAAACGUCACAUUGCUGGAUGAAGGGGUGUACACAUGCAUCUUCACUCUUUUCCCGAGUGGAAAUCACAAGACGGAGAUACUUCUAAAAGUGCUAGUGCCUCCAGUCACAGAGGUAAAAGACGAUCUUCCUGUUUUGGGUGAUAAAGAAAUUUCCCUUGCUACCUGCUUGGCUGCUGGUUCCAGGCCUCCAGCAGAGGUGAGGUGGCUCACCGGUACUCUCACACAAAAACUGAGGUCAACAACCGACUACAUCCAACAUGAAAAUGGUACGACUACCACAGUCAGCUACCUGAUAGGUGAACCUACCAGAGAAAUCUACCAACAUGUGGUCCACUGUGUCAUCACCAGUCCGGCUUUGUCGAAAGAGGAGACAAUACCAUUCACCCUACAGAUCUACUUUUCACCCAGGGAAGUGAACAUCAACUCCACGUCCAAAGACUCAUUUCAGUGUGUGACUGAAGCCAACCCAAGUGCAAAAAUUACCUGGAGCAGACCUGGUCAACCGUGGCCUCAAUCUGCUGUCGACGUACACGGGGCCACGCUACAGUUUUCAAGCAUGAACUCUGACCUGAAUGGCCUCUACCAGUGUGAAGUGUCUAACUUACAUGGACGUGACCGUGCUUAUGUGUUUGUGCAUGUGACUUCAGGAACCUGCUGGGCCUGUUGGACUUUAUUUGGUAUUUUGUUUUUCCUGAUUGUCACUGCAGCUGUGGUGUGGUGCCUUCUUAAAUAUGGGAUACUUCAAAGGAUAAUUGAGGGUAUACGUGAGAGGAUGAAGAUGAAUGUCCCAAGCAGUUCCAGUGGAUCUGGAAGUUUAGCAGAUGAACUAGAGUUAGAGCCAAUGAGAUCGGACUAACUUUGGCUUUCAAUGAACAACAAGAUCAUCGACGUUUGAACUAAAGAUGUCCACAUUAAUGUGUGUCCACAGGAGACUCUGUCAUGUUCACUUGCAACAUAACUGUUGAAGGCAUUCUACAAAUCAACUGGACCAAAGACAGAUUUGUGUUUGCUCACAGAACAGACGAAGAUCAGACUUUUUUCCACCUUCGACUCUCGCAGAGUGAGAAUAGACCAGUGGCGUGCACAGACUUUUUGGGCAGGGGCGAAAAGAAAAAAAGAGGGUGCGUACAGUGCAUUCUCAUCACUGAAGAGGGCACUACGUUCCACGUGUAGAUGCCAUUUCCUGUAUUCUAGUGCAUUUUAACACCAUAUUUUUUUCCCGUCUGCUACUAGCCUUAUCAACAAGGCCCGGAGCCCCCCCCGACACGCUGACUCCUCACACUCCUCCUCUGCCUCUACAUGUCACAUUAUCAUUACAUCCUUUUUAUGCAUUACAUUAACAUCAUUACUGUGAACUUUUGCACCUGGUGAAUAUUUCACUGUUACUCACUUACUGCCCAGCUGUACUGCUUUUUACUGCUCUUCUGUAGUGCUCUUUUUCAUCUUUUUAAAAACAAAACAAAAAAAAAAACAUUUAUAUACUGUGUAUAUAUACGUAUACUGUUUCAAUUAAUUUUUUUUUCACACAAUUUUGUAUGCUUGUUAUGCACCAAUGACACCAGAACAAAUUCCUUGUAUGUGCAAAUCAUACUUGGCAAUAAAGCUCUUCUGAUAUUAGCACCAGAUAAUCCUGGUUCUGUGAGAAAACUGGUUCUGUGAGAUAUAGUUAUGUCAUUCUAGAUCAAAAAAAGGGCCUGACGUCUUCUGGAGUUUUGUGUGUUUUAUUCACACAAAAGGAGUUUUGGGGGUGGAGUGGCUCAGUGGUUAAGACUACCUGUGGUUAAGACCCUGUUGGACCGGCAAAUUGGUGCAACAGUGAAGUCUAGCUUCUUUCACCUGAGGCAGCUGGCAAAGGUGAAGCCUUUUCUUGCACAUAAGCACUUUGAAGCAAUAAUCCACGCCUUUAUUACAUCUCGGCUGGAUUACUGCAAUGCACUCUACCUUGGAGUCAGCCAGUCCUCCCUCACACGUCUCCAGUUGGUCCAGAACACUGCUGCUCGCCUCUUAACUGGGGCGCGUAAGAGCACAUUACUCCUAUCCUGGCCUCCCUGCACUGGCUGCCUGUGCAUUUUAGAGUCCAUUUUAAGAUUCUUUUAUUUGUUUUUAAAUCUUUAAAUGGUCUCGCCCCGCUUUACCUCUCUGAGCUUCUCCAUCCCUACGCUCCUGCUCGGUGUCUCAGGUCAGCUGACCAGCUGCUCCUGGAGGUACCGAGGUCUAAGCGGAAGCUCAGAGGGGAAAGAGCCUUUUCCAUUGCCGGUCCCAAACUUUGGAACGUCCUCCCGCUCCACAUUAGACAAGCCCCCUCACUGUCCAUUUUUAAAACUCAUCUUAAAACCCAUUUUUAUUCCUUGGCUUUCAAAUCAGCAUGAGACUCUGCUCUUGUUUUUAGUGUUUUAUUGUUUUUAUUCUCUUAAUAUCUCUAUUGUUUUAUUGUUUUUUUAUUGUUUGAACAUUCUUGUUGUUUUAUUGUUUUUAUUGUUUUAGUAUUUUUAUUGCUUUACUUUUUGUUUUAUUUCUUUUCAUGUACAGCACUUUGUCUCAGCUACGGCUCCUUAAAGCGCUUUAUAAAUAAAGUUGAGUUGAGUUGAGUUGUGCAAAGACUUCAUGGUCGCAAGUUCAACUCCACCCCUGGCAGGUUGUACUCAA